UCUCCGACAUCAAGAUUUCUCAACUCCUUCAUUUCCUAGUUCCCAAUUUUCGUUCAUCACCGUCUUCAAUUUCCCUCACAAUUUAGGGUUUUAAAAACUCCGAUGAAGGAUUCGAGAGCUAGGGUUUCCGAUCGACUGUAGCCGGUUGUGUAUUCCGUUGAUUCGCGCAAUUUAAGCUUUCACAAUGAGCGCAGUGAACAUUACGAACGUGACGGUGUUGGAUAAUCCGGCGUCGUUUCUCACGCCUUUCCAGUUUGAAAUCUCGUACGAGUGUGUUUCGCCUCUCAAAGAAGAUCUUGAAUGGAAACUCAUUUAUGUUGGAUCAGCUGAGGAUGAAACAUACGAUCAGCUCUUAGAAAGUGUACUCGUGGGACCCGUCAACAUUGGAAAUUACCGCUUUGUUUUUCAGGCGGACCCACCGGACCCAUCAAAGAUCCGUGAAGAAGAUAUAAUCGGAGUGACUGUGCUUUUGCUGACGUGUUCAUACGUGGGACAAGAAUUUGUGAGAGUGGGAUAUUAUGUGAAUAAUGAUUAUGAUGAUGAAAAGCUAAGAGAGGAGCCUCCACAAAAGGUGAUGAUUGAUAAGGUUCAAAGAAAUAUAUUGACCGAUAAGCCGAGGGUUACGAAGUUUCCGAUCAAUUUUCACCCUGAGAAUGAAAACACUGAGAGCGGUGAGCAAGUGGAGCCGCCAGAGGGAGGUGAAAGUAGCCAACAACCACCACCGCCUGGUGAAAGUGGUGGUGAUGGUGAAGAUAAGUCGGAACCCUAGUUGUUCGAUGGUUGUUAAGAUGGAAAUGGUAGUGUGUUUUGGUUUUUAGGGUUUGUUGCUUAGUGUAAAACUAUGGUUAAGAUGAAAAAGGUGUUUGUGAAACUUGAAUCUUUUCAUGUUGAUCAAAUGUAGGAAAUUUAAAAGUUAGGUUGUGGUUGUUACACUGGACCAGGUUACACUGAACAGGACUAAACUAGACUGAAUAUUAUUGGAUUCGAUAAGACUGAACUGAACUAGACUGAAUAUUAUUGGAUUUGAUAAUUCUGUAAGUCAUUUUUUUUAUGACGGGGAUGAUAGAAGGUUUUUAUGGAAUUUGCACGCGACUAGACAUUGAGAGUUGGUUUUUGUCUCAUUUUGCUCUAUUAUUCAUAAGGUGUUGAACAAAUUAAUGAAAUUUUGCC